GUCCUCCCACUCUAACUGUGUGUGGCCCCUCGGACACAGCGGAUCACCAAUCAACGGAAAAGAGUCCCCGAAGCAAAUCGGCUCUGUCAUGUGAUCAGCUGUGUCCAAUCACAGCUGAUCGCAUGGCACUGAUGAUCAGUGUGCCCUGAUGAUCAGUGUAGCCCCAUCAUUGCCAACUGUCAGUGUCCAUCAAUGCCAGCUGUCAGUGCUCAUCAAUGCCACCUGCCAGUGCCCAUCAGUGCCACAUCAAUGCCACAUAUCAGUGCCUACCAGUGCACAUCAAUGCCACAUAUCAGUGCCCAUCUGAGCUGCCUUUCAGUGCCACCUAUCAAUGCCAGUCAGUGCCACCUAUCAAUGCCAAUCAGUGCCACCUAUCAGUGCUGCCAAUCAGUG